AUGUCUACAAGUACAACUAGAAAUGGUAACGCGGGGAACAACAAGAGUGGACAGCAGCCCGAGGACGACAAAAAAUAUUGGUGGCGCUGUAGAAUGUUGAGAAGGGGCACUAAAGAAGGCAAUACACCUUACUACAGUUGUACGGCAAUAAAUGAAGCAGGACCAACCUCGUGUGGUGAAUGUGGAAAGAACAGGAUCGGUGGUCUUUGGAUGGAUCUUGGAGAGGACGAAGAUACGCUAAGAGGACGUGAUCCGUUUGCCAUUUACAUGGAAGUGGAAUGGUAUUUUCAGUAUGAGAGAGAGGGGAGAUGGCCUGCUCCUGCUUAG